UUCACUUUCUUCUUCCUUCACGUUCUUCUUCCUUCUCAUUCUCUCUCUCUCUUACAUCAUUCUAGGAUUCUGAGACACACUUUCUUGGAUCGUAGAAUUGCAUCAUUCUGCAACUUGUCUUACUUACUUCUCAUGAUUUUCUGUGCUCUUGUUCUAUACAACAAAGAAUGCGCGAUCCUAGUUCACUCAAGCAACAAUUUCUCAAGAAAUGGAUAUUGGGUCUCCAAGUAUGUGGUUCUGGGAAGCAGAACAUGAGCAUAUUGGAGAGAAAGAAGGCAAUAGAGCUAUCAGCAGACAUUGCCUUAGCUUCUACUAGAGAUGGAAGGACUUGUUGGAGUCGUGCACUCAUUGCCAAUGCUUCAAAACAUGAUGAUAAUAAAGUCCUUGUUCAGCACCUAUUAGCUCCUGAGAGUGAGAGGCUAAAGAACGCGUCAAUUGGAUUGGCCAUGGACAACAAGAGGGUUAGAUGCAAGAAAAUCUUGAAGAGGAGUUGCUGCAUUAAAAGAGUAAGAAAAAGUGAACCGCAAGUUGUUCUUGCUAAAUCUAUUGCUAAAAGGAUGGUAAAUAGAAGAACACAAGUAUUGAAGAGUCUUGUACCUGGAGGGGAAUUUAUGGAUGAUAUCUCUCUGAUUGAAGAAACCCUAGACUACAUAGAAUCACUUCGAGCUCAGGUUGAUGUCAUGAGAACUCUUGCUAAGGCUACUGAGCUAGUCAAUGGUAAAUAGGAACAUCGAUGGAAAAUUAAGUAGCUACUUUCUAUGAAUUCUAGAUCUUCUAUUUCUUAUUUGUUCUUCUUCUUCUUCUUUUUUUCCUUGCAAGACUAGAUAUAAUAAAAAAAAAAAUCAGGACGUGCUAAUAGGUAGCAAGGCACGUACAGAUGAACCAUAUUUAUUAAAUCAAUCAAAACUUUUGUUUCCCUCGCC